CGUCCUCAAUCUCCAAAUCUUUGCCGCAUUUACUUUCCAGUUGUUCGGAAUCUCUCUCUCUCUCUCUCUCUCUCUCUCUUAACCAAAUGCUUACUUCCAAUCUCACCAGCUCUUCCUCCACUGUCAUUUUCUCCAUUUCUAAGCCUCGAAAUCCCAUUAAACCCACUCUGCUUCCACAUCCAAAUCUUCUCAGCACCAGAUUCCAAUCCCAAUCACCUCCACAUUCCCCAUUUCCCUUUCUCCGCAACCCCACCUCGCUGAUUCAUCUUUCUCUCCCCACUUCCCGCAGAGUACUCCAUGGCUACCAUUCUCAAUUUUCUUCGAAACCCAUAUCUCAGAUCCAUGAUUCGAGCUCCAAGGUCAUCCAUUUGAGCGAGACCUGUGAUUUUCCAUCUGGGUUUUCUUCCAAACCCACUUCUUAUAUUCCAAAAGCUGCAUCUGAGUCCAACCGAGGUGAUGGAGAAGGAGAAUCUGCAGUUUCGAACCCUGUGGAUAAGAGCAAGAGUAAGACCCUCCAGCUUGCAGUUGUGUUUGGUCUCUGGUAUUUCCAAAACAUUGUCUUUAACAUUUAUAACAAGAAGGCGCUCAACGUUUUCCCCUUCCCUUGGUUGCUUGCGUCUUUCCAGCUCUUUGUUGGGUCUGUUUGGAUGUUGAUUCUUUGGUCUUUGAAGCUCCAACCAUGUCCUAAGAUCUCAAAGCCAUUCAUUGUCGCUCUGCUUGGUCCAGCAUUGUUCCACACAAUAGGCCAUAUCUCAGCAUGUGUUUCAUUCUCUAAGGUCGCCGUGUCCUUCACGCAUGUUAUUAAAUCUUCAGAGCCCGUUUUCUCGGUGGUUUUCUCAUCGGUUCUUGGUGAUUCUUACCCUAUAAGUGUCUGGCUUUCAAUCCUCCCCAUUGUUAUGGGUUGCUCUCUGGCUGCUGUAACUGAGGUUUCCUUCAAUUUGCAAGGAUUGUGGGGUGCUUUGAUUAGUAAUGUUGGGUUUGUAUUGAGGAAUAUUUACUCAAAACGCAGUUUAGAGAAUUUCAAGGAAGUAAAUGGGCUGAAUUUGUAUGGUUGGAUCAGUAUAAUUUCACUGCUCUAUCUAUUUCCUGUAGCAGUUUUUGUUGAAGGGUCUCAAUGGAUUCAAGGUUAUCACCGAGCUAUAGAAGCUGUGGGAAAGUCAUCCACAUUCUAUAUAUGGGUUUUGCUAUCUGGAUUGUUUUACCAUCUUUAUAAUCAAUCAUCUUAUCAAGCACUUGACGACAUUAGUCCCUUGACGUUUUCGGUUGGGAACACAAUGAAGAGAGUGGUGGUAAUAGUGUCCACUGUUUUGGUGUUCAGGAAUCCAGUCAGACCUCUCAAUGCACUUGGAUCGGCCAUUGCAAUAUUUGGAACUUUCUUAUAUUCUCAGGCAAGUUCGGCUUCAAAGAAAAAGGCAGCUGAAAAGAAGAAUUGAAGUGAUUUUCAUUUGGCCUAUUUAAGUGUAGAAGGAAUUAAGAAGAAGCAGACAUGGAGGACAAAUGGAAAAGAUGGUAUUUUGGUGGGAACCAAAAUAGAUAAAGAACAACAGGAACAAGCACCAUCAAAGAUUAUUUUUGCAAUGCUUAGAGGUAAUAUUAUUGGCUAUAAAGAUCAGAAAAUUCACAGUCAAAGACCCACAAGUACUAUUCAUCAUGGCCAUGUUAAUUUUUCUUCCUUUCCAUGCUUCUGGACUAGUUCUGUUGUUGAAGAUGCAGUCGUUGAAGCUAUUCAAUCCACCAAGUUUAAUUCUUGUUCUCUCGAUGUGGGUAUUCUUCCAGCAAUGAG